AUGAAGCUGCUAUCCUACGGUUGUCUCAUCAGUCUUGUCACUUCGGCUACAAGUGGAGUCGUAUCUGGACAAGAGCUACAUGAAGAUUUCACUGCCAUCAACUCAAGCUCCAAAGUCUCGAUUGCGGCCGCAGAUCCCCAACUUGCUGUCGACACACCGCCACCCCCAGACCAUGACUCCAUAUGGCACAAGGCUUAUUGUCGCGGCGCCGCCCUUGUCCGAGCCAUGUCCCUCGACGAAGAAGAAAGCAACACGAUGCUGCAAUGGCCUUACACACAAAGUCCUUGGGACGGCGAUCUAAAGCCUGAACUGAGAAAAUGGGGCUGGCUCGACAACGAAGAGGACAACACGAACAUCGACGAUUCGUGUGACUUCGAUGAGAAGUUGAAGAUGAAGAACACUUUCGACGCUCUCGGUGUUGACACGCGACCGGCGGGGAAGGGUGGACCGAAUCAUUGCUUCAGAUUACAGCAUAGCAAUGGGCCUACGGUCAUUCGAGACAAAAAUGGCAAGAUGCCUUAUUUGUCCAGUCAGCGUUACGAGGCAGAUGGGAAGACGUACAGGGUCACCGACGCCUACAGCACCGUAGGCAUAAACCGCAACGACGGUAUUCUCUACUUCCUCAACCGAAUGUCACCUGAGCAAGGAGCCGCAGAUCUCUGGAAUUUGAGACCGGAACAAGUCGAUAAAGCCGAUUUGCCCAAGAUCCGCUCGAGCUCUGACUUAGCUUGGGCGCUCUGGAACAGGGUUCCAGGAGAACCAAUGAUCAAAAUGAUCAUGGCUCUCCAGAUUGUUAAUACGCAAACGGCUGAGACGAUCAUACCGAAGGCUUUGGAGGCGGUGGGAGAAACAGAGCUGAAGAGAUGGCCGGGAACGGAGAUUGUUGUUGGGUCAGAUAAUGACGCUGAGGCUGAAGCUGCUCUUGCGCUUAUUGGCUCGCCCAAUGGACUCGGCGCUGGCUACUUUCUUCUACAACACAAAAGGCAGCUCGGUGGCGCAAAUUUCAUCUACAAGAUCACGAUAUUUAGAAACGAUGGCGAUGAGUUUGAUGAUGAGCCUAAUCUCAUUUUUCACGUUGACAAGAAUACAACACCCAUGCCGGAUGUGGAAGACACUCCUGGUGCGCCGGAGAAACCGGCGGAGAAGGGUAGCGCGGCGGUUCGAGAGGCACCGCGAGUCGAAAAGAUGAAGUUCACGCAGAUCUUCUGCAUCGUGGGUCUUGUUGCCCUCGGCGCGACUGAGGCCUUGCGCAACCUUACCAACGUCACUUCCGUCACUCUCGAAUCCCAGAACCUCACUGUGCACGUCGCAGGCGACCCCGACGAUAGCGACGAUGACGACGAUGACGACGACGAUAGCGACGACAGCGACGAUAGCGAUACUGACGAUGAUGACGUACGGCUUGACACUCCAGUUCCUGCUACUGAAGCACUUUGGCAUGCAUCGAAAUGUCGGGGCGCUAAACUCAUGUUUGCGUGUACCCAGGACCCACCGCAAGCCGCCCGGUUUGUCAAUCCCUUGACAGUUCCCUGGGAUGGCGACCUCAGGAACGAACUUCUCACCUGGGGUUACAACGAAGGAACUAGUGAUCCUGAUGACGACUGCGAGAUCGGUGUUCUCCAGCCAAUGCUAGACGCCCUGGGACUUUCCAAGGAAAACAAUCUUCAUGGCGGGCCAAACUACUGUUUCUCUUACCAACAUCGUGAUAGCGCUGUCGUGGAGAGACCAAAUGGAAUCUUGCCACCCAAGGACAAGCAGUGGUAUACUGUCGAUGGUGUGAGGUACAGGGUCACGGACGCUUAUGCCACCGUCGUCAUCAACAAAGCUGCUGGUAUAAUUUUCUUCCUUCGCAGAGGGUCCGCUGAGCAUCAAGCCCGCAGACUCUGGAAGGUAAAGGAUCACGUUCCCAUUCCGCCAAAUGAGUUGCCGGCCCUUCGUACAAGCUCAGACGUAGCCUGGGGAUUCUGGAACCGAGUAAGUGGUGAAAACCUGGCGAAUAUUAAUGGCGUCGUCUCCAUGUUAGUCACCAACGACCAAACGCGGAGAAUUAUGGAUAGGAUGUUGGUGGACAAGAAUCUCGAAACGGUACAGCUAUGGCCAGGAACUGUGGUGGACGUCCACUCAGUACAUUAUCUGGCUCUUCUGGGAUCACCCAAUGGUAGAGCUGUAGGAUAUCUGCUGGCGCAACACAAGGCAAAGAUUGGCGGCAACAGAUAUGUUGAGUCUAUUCACAUAUUCCGCCCCUACGAGCACUCGACACUGCCUCACCUUUUCUUCCGCGUCGGUUGGGCGCCAUCACCGCCGCCAACAGUACCAGAGGAACCGAUAGAGAACUUAUUGCCGCCAGAAGGAAAUGGGUUUGAAGUGGUUAGAAGAGGUAACGGUGAGAAGAACAUCAUCAGAGAGCAUGUGAUUCGGGCGAAAUUGUGA